AUGGCUGGUCAUUCACAUAGAUCAGCGUUUGGGAAGAACCAUAAAUCGUUCAAAUCCAAGCAUGCAUCAAAAGGUGCUUUAAAAAGAUUAUUCAAAGGUAAAGUUGAAAGAGAUCCUAUUAAUGGGAAAACAUUAAAAACUGUCUCCAAAGAUCAACGUAAAAAUAAGUUGAAACAAAUUAGAGCAGUAAAGAUCCAGGAAUCUGUAGAAAAUAGAAAAUUAUUUGAAGGUUCUAAUGGUGCUUCCAAGAUUAUUACAGUGAUUCCAUUAACACCAGAUGUUGAUGCUACCGCUAUCGUUCAAGGUCUUUUACGAUCCAGUGAUUUGGACAUGAAUGAACUUUUAGUGUCAAAGGAGAGUGGUAAUAUUCCAAGCAUAAGAGAUUAUAAUAUUAAGAAAUUUAAGAGUAAAUUGAAAGUUAUUGUCCCAGAUAUGAGUAAUUUCUUACAUAUUUUAGAUUGUGCUAAAGUGGCAGAUUUUGUCAUCUUUGGUUUAAGUGGUACCAGUGAAGUUGAUGAAGAAUUUGGUGAACAAAUUGUUCGUGCUCUAGAAUUACAAGGUAUAUCCUCUGUCAUGGGUGUUGUCACCAACCUAUCUGCUGUCCAUCCAAAGGAAAAGUUCCAAUUGGAUGUCAAGCAAUCCUUAGAAAGUUAUUUCAAGCAUUUUUUCCCAAAUGAAGAAAAAAUUUAUAAUCUAGAGAAACUUUCGGAUUCAUUAAAUGCAUUGAGGCAAUUAUGUCAAAGGAUGCCUCGUCCUGUCACUUGGAGAGAUCAAAGGGGCUAUUUAGUAGCAGAUUCAAUCGACUUCCACCCAGGUACUGACGAAAAUGGUGAUUUGGUUAUAUCUGGUACUGUUCGUGGUGUUGGAUUUGACGCAAACAGAUUAAUCCAUAUUCCUGAUUUAGGUGAUUUCCAACUUUCCGGUAUUGAAAAAAUUAGUUCUUCUUCAAGAACUAAGAAACCAAAGAGUGAUGACCCUAUUGACGGUUUAGAUUUAGAGACUCAAUUUGCAUCUGAUGAAUUAAGAGAUACCCUUGAUAUUUAUGCACCAGGUAAUAUCAAUGCUGAAUAUAGUGACGAAUCUGAUUUUGAAUAUGACGAUCUAAAGACCGCAAGAUUCGAUGAUGGUGGGUUUUUACCAGGUGCCAAAGAAGAAGCUAGAAACGUUAAAGUACCAAAGGGUACUUCAGAUUACCAAGCUAAAUGGUACUUAGAUGAUGUUGUCGAAAAUGGUACUACAGAUGAGAACGAUGAAGAUGAAGACGAUAUGAUUGACGAUGAUGAUGAUAGUGAAGGUAUUCAACGCGAUAAUGAUAUACAAAUUGAGAGUGAGAACAGUGAUUUGGAAGACGCUCAAGACGAUGAAGUAUUUGUGGAUCUUUCACCUGAAGAAGAGGAACGUCAAUUAAAGGAGUAUAGAGAAUUAGAAAAAGAAGAUCGUGAAUUCCCUGAUGAAAUGGAAUUGCAUCCAAAUGACUCUGGUAUUGAGCGUCUAAAGAGAUACAGAGGUCUGAAAAAUCUGUACAAUUGUGUUUGGAAUGUUGAUGAAAAAGAUCCUCAAUGUCCCGAAGAAUGGAAACGUGUUUUAAGAGUGGGUAAUUAUAAGAACACCUCCAAUAGACUCCUCAAGGAAGCUAAGUUAAAGGCACAAGUUGUUGCUGGUGAUCGUAUUGUACUACACAUAAACUUCCCACAACACUUACUCGAAAAAAUUGUCGACCCAUCUCAGAUGUUGUUCGCUGUUUACGGAUUAUUAUAUCAUGAGCACAAACACGCUAUUGUAAACUUUUCUUUGAAAAGAUGGGAAGAAUAUGAUAGACCAGUCCCAGCUAAGGAGCCAAUCAUUGUUCAAUAUGGUGUCAGAAGGUACACUAUCCAUCCAUUAUUUUCAGGUACAACGAAUACACCUAACAAUGUACAUAAGUUUGAGAAAUUCUUGCAUCCAGAAACUUUAUCAGUGGCUACUUGUAUUGCACCGGUUGAUUUUACACAAUCUCCAGCCAUCUUUUUCAAACCUAAUGCUAACGAUGCCAAGGGCAUUGAAUUGAUUGGCCAAGGUACAUUCUUGAAUGCAGACCAUACUAGAGUUCUUGCUAAGAGAGCGAUCCUGACAGGUCAUCCAUUCAGGUUCCAUAAGAGUGUCGUUACUGUCCGUUACAUGUUCUUCAAUUCCGAAGAUGUGGAAUGGUUCAAAUCUAUUCCUUUAUUCACUAAAUCAGGUAGAACUGGUUUCAUCAAGGAAAGUUUGGGUACACAUGGUUACUUCAAGGCUACAUUUGAUGCUAAAUUGUCGGCUCAAGAUGUGGUAGCAAUGUCACUAUACAAACGUAUGUGGCCAUUGCCUUCCAUGCCUUGGUCACCUGAACAAUGA